GCUCGGCGGAGGCAGCCGAUGUUUCCCGAAGGCAGAGUCGCCCGAGAGCAAAGGGGACAGAGGGGACGGAGCGUGUCGGAAAGAGCCGAAAACAGCCGACGUUAACCGAGCGCGGCGUCGCCCGAGUUUCCCGGAUGUAGUUGGAGGAGCGGCGGCGGUGGCGGCGGGCGCAGCGGGGGGAGGAGGCGGCCGCGGCGGUAGCGGCGGCGGCGGCGGCGGAGUCGGCGCUCCCGGAGUGUCUCAGCGUGCGCGGGGCCGAGUUGGUGGCGUCUCCCCUCUCGCUGUGCGCGGAGGAGAUGGGCCCGUGAGCGCCGCUCCCAGCCGAGCCGCCCGAGCCGCCCCCUCCCUCCCUUCCCCCCUCCCUACCCCCGGUCGGCGGCGAGGCGGAGCGCUGCCUCCCCCUCCUCCCCCCUCGGCGCCUGUGGCCCGGCCGCGGCCGUCCCCUCCUGGUCCCCUCACACUCACACACACAGGCCGGGCAUUGAUGGUAAUGUAUGCGAGGAAACAGCAGAGACUCAGUGAUGGCUGUCACGACCGCAGGGGGGACUCGCAGCCCUACCAGGCUCUUAAGUACUCAUCCAAGAGUCACCCCGGUGGCGGUGAUCACCGUCAUGACAAGAUGCGAGACACCACAGAUCCUUCACCACCAAAUAAAAUGUUGCGGCGCUCUGAUAGCCCUGAAAACAAAUACGGUGACAACACAGGGCACAGUAAAGCAAAAAGUGUGCAUACACACAGAGUUAGAGAGAGGGAUGGUGGGACCAGUUACUCUCCACAAGAAAAUUCACAUAACCACAGUGCUCUUCAUAGUUCAAAUUCACAUUCUUCUAAUCCCAGCAAUAAUCCAAGCAAAACUUCUGAUGCGGCUUACGAUUCUGCGGAUGAUUGGUCUGAACACAUCAGCUCUUCGGGCAAAAAAUACUACUACAACUGCCGAACAGAAGUUUCGCAAUGGGAAAAACCAAAAGAGUGGCUGGAAAGAGAGCAGAGACAAAAAGAAGCAAGCAAAAUGUCAGUUAACAGUUUUCCAAAAGAUAGGGAUUACAGAAGAGAGGUGAUGCAGGCGACAGCUGCCAGUGGGUUUGCCAGUGGAAUGGAAGACAAGCAUUCCAGUGACGCCAGUAGUAUGCUCCCACAGAAUAUUUUAUCUCAAACAAGCAGGCACAAUGACAGAGACUACAGACUGCCAAGAGCAGAGACUCACAGUAGUUCUACUCCAGUACAGCAUCCCAUCAAACCAGUGGUUCAUCCAACUGCUACCCCGAGCACUGUUCCUCCUAGUCCAUUUUCUCUACAAUCUGAUCACCAGCCAAAGAAAUCCUUUGAUGCUAAUGGAGCAUCUACUUUAUCAAAACUGCCUACAUCCACAUCUUCCAUCCCUGCACAGAAAACAGAGAGAAAAGAGUCUGCAUCUGUGGACAAGUCUGUAUCCCAUUCUUGCACAACUCCUUCUACAUCUUCUGCUUCUGGGCUGAACCCAACUUCUGCGCCUGCUUCAUCUGCUCCUACAGUUCCUGUCUCACCUGUCCCACAAUCGCCAAUUCCUCCAUUACUUCAGGACCCAAAUCUCCUUCGACAGCUGCUGCCUGCUCUUCAAGCCACCUUGCAGCUUAAUAAUUCUAGCGUAGAUAUAUCCAAAAUCAAUGAAGUUCUAACAGCAGCUGUGACACAAGCCUCUCUGCAGUCUAUACUCCAUAAAAUUCUUACUGCUGGACCAUCUGCUUUCAAUAUCACUUCCCUAAUUUCUCAAGCUGCACAACUGUCUACACAAGCUCAGCCAUCUAAUCAGUCUCCAAUGUCUUUAACAUCUGAUGCCUCAUCGCCAAGAUCAUAUGUAUCUCCAAGAAUAAGCACGCCUCAGACUAACACCGUUCCGCUUAAACCUUUGAUGACUACACCACCGGUAUCAUCGCAGCAGAAGGUUGCUACUCCAGGUGUUAAACAAGGACCAGCUUCACAGGCAGCACCUCAGCAGCCGGUAAUAGCUGACAAGCAGGCAGGUCAUGAACCUGCCUCUCCACGAAGUCUUCAGCGCUCAAGUAGUCAAAGAAGCCCAUCACCAGGUCCAAAUCAUACCUCUAGCACUAGUGCAUCAAAUUCAACAGCUGCACCGCAAAAUACAUCUGUACGACCCACUUGUUCAUUAACACCUACGCUAGCAGCACACUUCAAUGAAAAUCUUAUAAAGCAUGUUCAAGGCUGGCCGGCAGAUCAUGCGGAAAAGCAGGCAUCAAGAUUACGUGAGGAAGCCCAUAACAUGGGAAGUGUCCAUAUGUCAGAAAUUUGUACUGAAUUAAAGAAUUUAAGGUCUUUAGUUCGAGUAUGUGAAAUUCAAGCAACUUUGCGUGAGCAAAGGAUACUAUUUUUGAGGCAACAAAUUAAAGAACUUGAAAAGCUAAAGAAUCAGAAUUCCUUCAUGGUGUGAAAAGUUGUAAACAAUUGCACAUGGUUUUGAGUACAGGAACUAUUAAACUGAUGCCCAGUCUUAACACUUUUGAGCUGCAUUUGAGUAGACUUUGGACCGUUGAGCUGGGCAGAAAAAAAGUUGACAUGGGGAAGGGGACAGGAG